AUGUUGCUGGGCUUCUGCUGGUGGGAAACGACCGUCGCUUCUGGCAGGAAAUGGUUAGAGCAGGGCGAGCGAGCCGACCUCGUUGAGGCGUGCCGGCAAGUCGACCCAGGGCAGACGGGGAGGAUAUCUAUAUCGGCGAUGGGCAAGGUGUUGGGUGCUGUGGGCUCCGAGAGUCUGGUGGCGAGGGCGGAGCGCACCCUUGCUCGAGAGAGGGAACCGAGCCGAUUCGGAGACGGAGACGAGACGGUGGCGUUCUCGUCCCUUGUGGGCCUCGUAGCCGAAAGCUUCCGACUCGUGAGGCAACCUUUCGGUGGCAAGCGGUGCAUCGUUAGCCGCUUGCCACUGCCCCCCUGCUGCGAAAACGGGUACUGCAUGGCACACCUGGAGAAGCCCUCUAGCGCCGCGCUCUCCGGCGGGGGAGGCGUGUCGGACGAGAACCUGAAAAGGACCGCGCUCAAGAUUAUCUUCGCGCAGCACGACACGGACGGAUCCGGAGCAUUGGAGACGGAGGAACUGCCCAAGAUCCUGGCGGAGUUUGACGUUGAGUACGACGAAAAACGCCUGCCAGACAUGUUCGCCAUCUACGACGUGGACGACUCUGGCGCCCUGGACUUCGAGGAGUUCAGCGCCUUGCUGAAGGACAUGAAUGCCGACAAAGCGGUGGCGGAGAAGAAGAUGAAUGCCUACCGCCUGCCCCCCGCCCUCCUGAAGGAGUUCAGCCCGGAGGCCAUCGAGGAGAUGAGGGUGACGUUCGCCCUUUUCGACGAGUCCGGGGACGGCGCGCUCGACGAGGAGGAGCUGGGAGCCCUGCUGAGGACGUUCGGGCAAGAGCCCACCAAGGACAAGAUCCACAAAGAGAUGCUGGAGAUUGACUACGAUCGGUCCGGGACGAUCGAGUUCAAGGAGUUUGUCACCCUCAUGAAGAAGGUUCGGGACGGAGAGGUUGAGCUCGACGACAGCGCCUUCGGCCGAGCGAUCAUGAACUCGACCGUGGCAUCGCGCCUCAGCGAGGAGCUGCGCAGAUUGGACGCCAACCCCAUCCCCUGCCUACAGUCGGCAAAGCUGAUCAAGUCUUCCCCGGCGACCCUCCGAGCAAAGAUUGCCUGUCCCACUGGAACUCCUUACGAGGGGUGCACGUUGACAAUGGAGCUCGUGGCGUCGGACGGCUACCCUUUCAUGCCCCCCGUUGCCAAAUUCUUGAAAAGGGUUUUCCACCUGAACUUCAGCGUCCUCCUGGAUGGCACGACCGCCGUGCGGUCCGUGUUGGACCAGUGGACAGCAGAGUGGAACGUCUCGAAGUUCUUGCGUGAGGUCAUCCGACUCCUAAGAGACCCGGAUCCUUCCCUGCUACCCGAUAACAUCAGAAGGGGUGCUUCUAGUACUGCGGCUGCUGCAGAACAGCUUCCGGCUCCAUCGAACGCCAGUUGUCGUUCCCCAAAAGUAGAAGAAAACUGCCAGGGAGGCGGCUUCGGAGAAGGAAAAGAGAAAGACCAGGGAAGCGACGAAAGACACCAUGAAGGAGCGGGACGAGAUUGGAGAAAGAGAGAAGGAGGGGCCGGCGUAAACGAAGGGAGAUGCCAUCGUAGUAGCAUCGUUGAAGGCCGCCACCUCGCCGUGCCGCCGGACGGAGAAGUGCGAGGAGGCGUCGGCGGGGUGGGUCCGCAGGGCGCAUUUGGUGGCGUUGCUUCUCGUGGCACCACUAACAUCGCCACGGACAACAGAGGAGGAAGAGGAGGAGGUGAAUGUGCACUUCCAGAGCACGAGAUGUCUUCCCCGAACCGUGGAGGAAGGGGGAACGAAAGGCACGUGAGGGGCGACGAUCUUCGAGAGACCAAGUGGGGAGACCUGAUGUCGGUCCGGGUGGCGAGCUUGUGGUACGACAACCGCCCUCUGUACGAGCAGACGGCGCGAAGAAUCGCGGCGACGCAAGCGGACGGGAAUCGGUCAUGA